UUUCUUUUCGGAUUUUUCUACGCUGCCGCUGGUAUAGAAGUGUUCCCAGUUAGCCGCCCCGGCUGUCGCCAUGGUGAAGCUAAGCAAAGAGGCCAAGCAGAGGCUGCAGCAGCUCUUUAAGGGUGGCCAGUUUGCCAUCCGCUGGGGCUUUAUUCCUCUCGUGAUUUACCUGGGAUUCAAGAGGGGUGCAGAUCCAGGAAUGCCUGAACCAACUGUUUUGAGCUUACUUUGGGGAUAAAGGUCAUCUGGAUUUGGAAGCAAUCAAUGGACAGGAACAACAUGGAAGGUGUGCACUCUGGCUGGGAUGAGAGAUGGGACAUCGUUCAGACAUUCACCAGUUGAAUGACACAGGGCUCUUCUCAGAUGAAUCGGUGGCAGAGUGGAACCGCUACUGACUUAUUUAUCAUAGACUGUAUCUAAAUAAAUGUUUUUAACAAUGUUA